GAGUGUGGGAAAUGUUUUACACAGAAAUCAGCUCUUGUUACACAUCAGAGUAGUCACACAGGUGAGAAGCCAUUUUCCUGUUCUGAGUGUGGGAAAUGUUUCGCAUUUAAAUCAGUUCUUGUUAGACAUCAGAGAAGUCACACAGGUGAGAAGCCGUAUUCCUGUUCUGAGUGUGGGAAAUGUUUUGCAUUCAAAUCACAUUUUGUUAUUCAUCAGCAUACUCACACAGGUGAGAAGCCAUUUCCAUGUUCUGAGUGUGGGAAAUGUUUUGCACGGAAAUCAGAUCUUGUUAAACAUCAGAGAAGUCACACAGGUGAGAAGCCGUAUUCCUGUUCUGAGUGUGGGAAAUGUUUUACACAGAAAUCAGCUCUUGUUACACAUCAGAGUAGUCACACAGGUGAGAAGCCAUUUUCCUGUUCUGAGUGUAGGAAAUGUUUUCCACGGAAAUCAGCUCUUGUUGCACAUCAGAGAAGUCACUCAGGUGAGAAGCCGUUUUCCUGUUCUGAGUGUGGGAAAUGUUUCGCAUGUAAAUCAGUUCUUGUUAGACAUCAGAGACGUCACACAGGUGAGAAGCCGUUUUCCUGUUCUGAGUGUGGGAAAUGUUUUACACAGAAAUCAGCUCUUGUUACACAUCAGAGUAGUCACACAGGUGAGAAGCCAUUUUCCUGUUCUGAGUGUAGGAAAUGUUUCGCAUUUAAAUCAGUUCUUGUUAGACAUCAGAGAAGUCACACAGGUGAGAAGCCGUAUUCCUGUUCUGAGUGUGGGAAAUGUUUUACAUUUAAAUCAGUUCUUGUUAGACAUCAGAGAAGUCACACAGGUGAGAAGCCGUAUUCCUGUUCUGAGUGUGGGAAAUGUUUUGCAUUCAAAUCACAUUUUGAUAUUCAUCAGCAUACUCACACAGGUGAGAAGCCAUUUCCAUGUUCUGAGUGUGGGAAAUGUUUUGCAUUCAAAUCACAUCUUGAUAUUCAUCAGCAUACUCACACAGAUGAGAAGCCGUAUUCCUGUUCUGAGUGUAGGAAAUGUUUUGCACGGAAAUCAGAUCUUGUUACACAUCAGAGAAGUCACACAGGUGAGAAGCCGUUUUCCUGUUCUGAGUGUGGGAAAUGUUUUGCAUUCAAAUCACAUUUUGAUAUUCAUCAGCAUACUCACACAGGUGAGAAGCCAUUUCCAUGUUCUGAGUGUGGGAAAUGUUUUGCACGGAAAUCAGAUCUUGUUAAACAUCAGAGAAGUCACACAGGUGAGAAGCCGUAUUCCUGUUCUGAGUGUGGGAAAUGUUUUACACAGAAAUCAGUUCUUGUUACACAUCAGAGUAGUCACACAGGUGAGAAGCCAUUUUCCUGUUCUGAGUGUAGGAAAUGUUUUCCACGGAAAUCAGAUCUUGUUGCACAUCAGAGAAGUCACACAGGUGAGAAGCCAUACUUCUGUUCUGAGUGUGGGAAAUGUUUUGCACAGAAAUCACAUCUUGUUCUACAUCAGAGAAGUCAUACAGGUGAGAAGCCGUAUUCCUGUUCUGUGUGUGGGAAAUGUUUUGCAUAUAAAUCAAAUCUUGUUACACAUCAGAGGAGUCACACAGGUGAAAAGCCAUUUUCAUGCUGUGAGAGAAAUAAAUCCGCUCUUGUUGAACAUAUUAGACAUUACCCAAAUACGGAACCAUUUACAUCUUCUGGAGUAUAAUUAUCACUGUCAUGCAAUGUUCCUCAAGGGUCAACCUUAUCUCCUAUGCUUUAUGCAAUAUAAAUGCUACCACUGGGUGAUAUAAUCAGACGUAUUGGCCUGGUCUACCACUGCUAUGCAGAUGACCUGCUUUUUGCUCCAUGUACUGAGAACCUAAUACCAAUCCUAAAUGGUUGUCUAGCUGAGCGCCAUGGGUGGAUGAUGCCAGUUGGCUGUGACUCAGUCUUUGUGAAACAUAAUAGAAGCUCACCAACAAAGGACAAGACUUUACCAACCAUCUGGAUUUAUGCUUUGGUGUACAGAAUUGAAAAUACUGAACAUGUGCUGAAUCUUUGUGUUGUCCUGGUAUGUGGCUGACACAGACAUCAGGUAUCUGCCACAUACAAAUCCUCAUUCUUCCAUCUGUGGACCAUAGCCAGAAUCAAGCACUUGAUUCCCUCAGAAGUUCAUAGACUACUGCAAUGCCAUCUACCUGGGUCUACCAGCAAAAGAAUUACAGAGCUUGCAGCUAGUACAGAAUGCAGCAGCAAAGCUGUUACCUAACCAGCCCCUUCCUGCCUCAUAACACCCAUUCUCUACUCCCUUCACCGGCUGCCUGUAAGAUGACAAAUCUAUUUCAUAAUUGGCUAACUGACUUUCCCAGCUCAACAUUACAUGGUCCAAGGUACUAGAAGCAGCUUCUGUCUCCUUACUGCCCUGCUUGCUUGCUUCUACAGAUGGACUGUUACCAGCAGUACCAAGAAUCUCCUGUCAUUCAUUUAUGGGUUGAAUGUUUAGCUUUGUAGCCCUGACCAUGGAACUCACUGCCUUGCACAGUCCAAGAGGCCUCCACUCUAGAGACCUUCACAAGCAGACUGAUGACUGUUACUCACGCUUUUCAUUAAUGUACCUCUAUUUCUCAUACGUCCUAGAGGAUGCUGGGGAUUCCAAAAGGACCAUGGGGUAUAGACGCAUCCGCAGGAGCUU